AUGUUGCAGGAGCAUUUCCCGCAGGUGCCUGGUCUUCUCUUCAUCUAUAUGGCUUUACCUGCAGUCUGCUGUGAGUAAUCUCCCACCUCUUCUCGCAGGUUUUUAUCAACUUUAAAGUCUCCCUCUAGUCUUGUUUCUCGUUCCUGAUACUAAAAAGGUUUAAUCUUUGCAGCAGAUUAUCAUCAUAGAAAAUAAAGAGCUUGAUAUCUCUGAGGAUCACACUGGUCUCUCUUGGCAGGGUCCUUGUGUUUACCCCCCCACACACACAGAGGAAGUAAUUACUCAUUCUCCAAAGCUCCAGCAGAUGUGUAUCUAUGUACCCAGGCACCCACACAUGCAUCCACGUCCCUGUAAAUCAGACGCAAACCUCAGUGUGAGCCUCCUCGUCUGCCUUCCUCUCUCCUUUCUCUCUCUGGGAUGUAAUUACUUAGAGGCUGCCGGCCAGCUGGCUGAAGGGUCUUUAAUUACAGCUCUCACUCAGGAAUCACCAUUCUCCGCUCAUUUCCAUCCAAAUGCCAUCGCUAAUAUCUGGAUUCUGGGCACAUGGACGCGGUCAGGAUGUUAACCAGGUGUUGAGCGAGGAAAGUACAAAUCUCUGAGAGGAGACUUCAGAUCUUCAUGUGAAGUUCAGGAGGUUUGUUUCCCUGUUUUUUCCAGUUUCUCGAUCUUAAAUGUUUCUUUGGUGAGAAAUAAGGCCGAUGCAUUAGUGCUAAAAACUGCAGUUCCAAGACUGACCGCUGCAGGUGUCGACCAGAACGUCAUGUGUGUAUUAUCGGUCUAACUUACCUGUGGAUGGUUUUCUAACAGGGGGACAUUUUUCAUCUUUAUUUCUGAUAAAGUUGCAUUGUGGGAAAAUUCAGACUGAAGCAACAUGGAAGUAAUUUUACAGAGAGCACAUGACAUUCACUGUAAGGUAAAAGGGAUAGACGAGUAAAAUAAAUGUGACUUUAAAAACCUAAAAAAAAAAAAAAAAAAAAAAAAACAACAUACCAUAUAGUAUACCAUUUAUAAAUGGUAAGCAGUUCAUUAAUGUUUAAUCAUCAUUAAUAAAUAGCAUAAAGACCAUUAAUAAAUUAUAAAUUUUACAAUUUUAAAAACCUAACCCUGAUACUAACUUUACAAUAACCAUCUAAGUAAUGUUCAUAGAUGGUUUCAAAAACAAAUAUUAAACAUUUACAAAGUGCUGCUGACUCACAUUUUACUCUAGAUGUUUUACAACCAAUAUUUAAACCCUAUAUAAACCUUUAAUAAAUAGUCCAUAAAUAAUUAAUGAAAAUGAAUAAUCAUAAUUUCAUUGCUUGUUAAUGGUAUAGUAAUUAUUAACUUAUAUUAAUAAACUAUCUAUUUGCCAUUUAUAAAUUAUUAUUAUUGUAAAGUGUUACUAAUUUUUUGACACUGAAUAAACUGAUAUGGGCAAAAUGACGUCGGUUAUUGUUGUAAAUUUCGGUAUCUGUAAAUUUUCAGUUUAUCGCCCAGCCCUACUUCAAAUCUUGAGGUUUUGCUCAAGUUGUCUGUGAUCCAUCUUACCCUGUUGGAGCAGGUUUGGAUCCUUCUUUUCUUAUAGGUAUAAAUGGUCCUGGUGAUGGGCAGUUUGUAAGAGACGGCUUUCUGGGUGGAAUCGUUCAUGAUGGACUGACCAUAAAUGAGCGCAACUUAAAAGCAACCGUAUAGAUUUCCGAGGAGCUCAUCGCCAGUCCGUGUUGUGCUCUGAAAACUGCAGCUGGUUGUUGUUGUUGAAUGACGUUAGAGUGCAAACUGCACAUGCAACUACAGUGGAAGAUCCCAGUCUGAGAAUUAAAGAUACAUCACAGCAAAACUGCUCCAAAAAAACUCCAUUUGAAUCUCCAUCAGACUCAGAAAAGAGAAACAGCAGAGAAACUCAACAACGACAUCAAAACCAACAGUGUGGUCUCAUCUCGUCCUGUAAGAGUUUCUCCGAUCAUGUAAACACUCAGUCUGAUCAUUUUUUUUCCUGCUGUGUAAUUCGGCUCCACUCGGCGAGUUCCCUCCUGUCUUAUUGUCGGUGUUGAAAGAAAUAACUUUUCUGUUGCCGACUCGACAUUUUUUUCUAAAAAAGGCUCAAAAAGAAAUCGAGAUUGUUGAACAUCUUCAUAGUUCUUCACGACAAGAAGAAGAUAAAAAACAAAGUGAAGGAAAGGAAGAGAAAUAAACCAACACGGUGGUGAAAAUGAAAUUUAGAAGGACGGUAGUGAGUGUGAGAAUAACCAACAUGUGCAGGAUUUUGAGUUUCCUUCAGCUCCAGCAGGUUAAACGGCACAGAGGAGCGGAUUUCAGGGUCUGAAGAGCUUAAACAGCAGAGAGCAGACACGUUUACUCAAAGAUUUGAUGGUCGUAUCCUCAGGAGGUUCCUGUUGCAUGACCUUAGAGGUCACGUCGUGGUGUAGGGGAGCUCAGAGACGUAAACAUCAUGAAGAGACUGAUUGGUAGUGCAGUGAUGCUGUAAUUGGAGUGAAAUGGGAUCUGUGGAGCUGAUUGGCUGAGGCAAAAGUCAAGCUGGUAGAAGAAGAAGAAAGCAUGGAUGAUUAAUUCAAGUCUGCAGCAGAUAAACAUGAUCUUAGUUUGGCAGUGAUUGUGAGGGUUAGCGACAAGAAGCUCAUUUGUAUCAUGAUGAAUGAGUGAAUAUGGACAUCAGUGUGAUUUAAAGGUGGGGUAGGCAGGACUUCGUUAAAGACGCAUAUUUUUUGUGGUGUAUUUACAAAAAAAUCUUUUAAUAUCAGUCAAUAGUUAUUAGUUAUUGAUGACAUUUGGGAAUAUAACGAUAUCUCUGUGUUCUCUUAUGUCUGUGUAGUCAACAUUUGAACAUUUUUAAGUGGCCCGCUCUUUCUGAUUGUAAACAAAGCCGUUCUCCACUUUAAGUGAGGAGGAGGAGGAUGUAAUCUCUGGAGCAGGGCUGCAGAAGUGUGUAGAAAAUGUGCUUUUCUUUUCUGCAGACUUUCACAUGUUGAUAUAAAACGGUGCAGGAACAGCUGGUUUUUGGUCACACAUGCAGCUCACCCUGUUGUUUGUUGACAACAGAAACAGGCGGAGGACACUGUCUUUUCUGACACCUCUCAUGAAACAUACCAUCGCAAUAACAUUGCACGUUGUAUUUAAUGUUUCAUGCAUAUUUUGCUUUGACAUAAAACACUUAAUUAGAUUUAGCAGGGUGAAGAAAGAGACUAACGAGUUAUUUAUGUAACAUUUUCAGGACCAAAUCCUGGCAGAGCUUUCUCCACCGCUCCAAGGUUGACCCGAUGUUUAUACACGUUAGAUUCCUCGCUCUGUCGGCCUGCGUUUUCUUCCCACUUUUGGCAGUGGGGCGAGCAGAAGUGUGUUUUUUUGCGUCCUUCUCCAUCACAGCUCCUGUUGCUAAGCUACUACGCUACUUUUAGCCGCUCAGAGCUCUGAGGAGGGCCGGGAGAGUGGGAGGGGACGAUUCGGAACUACGGUAGAGGGGUGUGUCGAAUACAGCGAGGUGAUUGGAUGGAGAGGCAGAGCAGGACAUUGACCAAUAGGAGCUUUCCGGGGCAGACGGCUCCUAUUGGUCGAUGUUUUUGCAGCCCUGAACAGAUUUUUUCCGUUCCUUUUUCUCUUCACUUUGUGGAGAUCGCACUAUAGGAUCAUGAUCGCCAUAGAAACGAGGUUCAUCAUAAUUACCUAUCCCUCCAAUCGUCAAUCAUGCCUUUUAGAUUCACGCAAAUUUAGACGCCCAGGUUUUUAAUGUUUCACCUCUUGGCCCUUGACUGUCUGCUGCAGCAGUCGUAAAAGAAUUCUAAUCCCAGGUGAUCAAUCAUAAUCCUCCGUCCAUCCUCUGGUCGACUUCACUGCAGCAGUCUCUCCUGUUUCAUCGUCAGCAGAGGAAGCUCAGACAGGAUCUUAUCUCGUCUCUGCAGGUCAGGUGUUCAGUCAACCUGAGCUGAUGCACCGGAGCCUUUAGGAUUUUUUCAGAUAUCUGCAUCUGUGUGAAAAGCUGCAGGCUGUCAUGAAACGAAGACAGCUGCUGACACUUUCGUCAGGUUGGAUCUUCAGCUCAUACACUCUCAGUAAAUGUCUGUAAAUGUGUUUUUCAUCGUCUAGUUUUAAUCACCUGACAUCUUAAAGUCUGCAGGCUUUGUCGCUGUCCUCUGUUGUCCCUUGUGUUUUAAGAAAAGGUCAGAUAUGUGGCUAAAAUAAAUCUCCAGGUGAGUAAAGUGAUACCAGAGGUGCUUUCAGGACAACACAGCCGUUCGGGCGGUGUGAACCACUGCGAGCUGUCCGGAUUUAUUUAUUUCGUUUUCCUUUAAUCUCUUAUCGAUCGUCUUGUUUGAGAACAUCAGUAGGUUUGGAAACCGGGUCUGAAAGUCACAUUAGAUGCGCAGAGUGUUCCUGUUCCUGCUUCAGCACAUAAGUGUUUGUGUUUCUCUGAGCUUCGCCCGAGGGAAGCGCGAAUGUGCCGACAGGAAUCAUAUACGUUUUAGAGCCGAGGAGCGCGGGCUAAAUGAGGUCAGGCAGGUUCACGGAGGGAAAGGAACGAAAAUACGAAGGAAAUAUUUCGUACUCGGACAAAAGUGAACUCAAAGGCAGAGGUUGAAUUCCUGGCUUUGUCCUCCUUAUACGUGUCACUGUGCUGUGUGUGUAUUUCUCUGUGUCCGUCACGUCUGCUGUUAUUUGUUGAAUGUCAGCUGGAAUCACACUUCCACCAGGAUGAACGAGUUUUUGUGAACGGCUGGUUUGUCUGCAGCAUCAAAUUUAGGAUAAUUGGCACUUGUCCUUGUUGAACUACUAUACUUGUUGUAAUAAUAAUUUAGACAUCUUCUGAGAGUCUGCUUUUAGUCAGGAACUUUUAAAGAGGACUGCUUUUGCUUUCCCGAGGAUCUGUCGUGUCACAAAGUUAUAAUUAGUGUUGUUCAGCCUUUGGGUGCAGCCACCAGCGCUGCUGUUGACAAUAGCAUCCAAAAUCUGCAGUGUACAGCCUCCAUCUGGUGUUCCUGUGAGAUCCACUUUAUUCAUCGUUGUUUUUUACUUUGUGUGCACUUGUUUGUGUUUCUUCAUCUGUUCACGGCGCUGCCUCACUUUGUGGUGGAUUCCCAGCAUAGAAAUACACUCAAAGACGGGAAAGUUAAGCCUUGACAAAUCAAAUUACGUUUCUCCUCUGUUCUCGAUUGGUUCAGUCACUCUAGGAUUUGGAAAAGGUGACACUAACUUUGUUCUUGAAUUAUUGCAGAUUAGGGUAAAGGUUAGGACGCUAUGGACCUUUUGUCAUAAUGUGGAGCCGAAUUGCCCUCGAUAUUUCUGGGAUAUUUUCCACUUCCACUUGUGCAGUAGUGUUGUAUGCAUUCAACAGGAGAGUCGCUGUGAUGACACUCGGCCCAAACAGCGUAUCCCCCGCUGAGCUACGCAAUCUUCGUACGCCCAUAGGCUGUAUCAGGUGUCAAUCAUAGAAAACAUGAACCCCCUAAUAACUUUUAAAAAAGAGGACUUGAGAACAAACCAGUCUGACAGUAACUACAUAUCAACAAAAAUGUAUAUUCUGUGUUAUAAAUUUCUAAACUUCCAACUCCAUAGGGAUUGCUGGAAGAGGUGGGAUUUAUGACCUAUACUGCAGCCCGUCACCAGAGGGUGCUGUUCUCGCAGUGGCUUCACCCAGCGAGGAGGCAGACGGCGUCCUUGUUUGUGGUUUAAUUAUUUGGUGAACUCCUUUCCCCAAUUUCAGUUUAAUUAUUAGACUCACUUUGAAGACAGAAAACACCUCCGACCAAGCGCUGACUUAAAUGUUUGACAUUUGUCGAUUACAGCUGGACUAAAACUAAAAAAGUGACUAAAAUGUGACUCAAACUCAGAAGCAUUUUCACCUAAAGACUAAAACUUAAACUCAAUUUAAAGUAAAGGUUGUGUUCGUCCAGUUGGCGGCGAUAAAACGUCUAAAUCUGUACAUAUUAAAGAAACAUAUAAAUACAGCGUCUGAGAGGCUGAUGGAACUGUUCUUUAAACUGUCUCCAGAUUGAUGAAUAAAAAACAAUCAUCUGUAAUUGAUAUAUUCUCCCUGCCCUGCAGUAUAAUGAUAAUGAACUGGUAGAUCUCCAUUUAAACCAACAGUACCCUAUAGACCUUAAACUGGCAGCUCGCCAUCUUAGCGUUUGCAAAAUAAUACAUGCAAACAAAACUUGACGUGUGAGAGUCUGUCAGCAGUUUGUUUUUUACAUUCUGCUGUUAAAGAUAGUUUACCUGCGACUGUUGGAGUGACUUUAAAGUAUAUUUUUACAUAUUUCAUGUUUGUUUUCAUCAUUCAGACCUGAUUUGGAUCUCCACAUACAGAGUUCACUAAACUCUAACCGCUGAGAAAAGGUUUAGAAACUUUGUGUUUUCAGUGACUCACCACCUUUUGUCCUCGUUCGUACAGAUUUUCAAAACAAGCUCAGAGACAAUAAUGGAGCAGAAAGCAUUAAUGCUAAUGUGAGUGUCAGACAUCUAAAAGGUUCAUUUCUACGCACUCUUAUUGUAUAACCUUCGAAUGAAAGCACAGUGAUUAAAAAGUCUAUAUUAGAAACAUGACGUGCAGAGUAACAAGUUCUUCUUUCCUUCACAGCAGGUCUGAUUGAAUCGUAGUGAUUAUUUCACAGACAGUCCUUGGUUUUAAUACAAAUCUGUUUUUUCUAUCAACGUUGUCGAAAUAACUUUAAUGAAAACUUAAAAAGUUAUUUCAAAACCAUCGCAGUCACAAAUAAUCUGCAGGAGCUCGAGGACAAACCUAAAGUUUCUUCUUUCGGUAAGUUACAGCUAUUUUUUAGAGAAUAUCAUCGUGUCUGGACGAGAAGAAACAAUCAGCUUAAUGAGCCGCGUGAUGAAGAUAAUACCAAACAGUGAGGAUCCGCAGGAAGAAGUCAAAGGAGUCAACCGACUCCCUGAUUGGAUGUGACAGAGAAAAAAUCAGGAAACUGGAGAGUGUCGCUCUCGUUUUAAGAAAAGGGUUUAUUCCAGAUUCACUUCCUAAUUAUGACUCUGUGACUUUAUUCAUCAUAACAAAGAGUCUGCACAACUAUUGAGCACUAUUAGUCGUAUGUAGCAUUGAAUUUAGAUGUUUCAGAUGACUUCUGACUCCAACCUGAGUUCAUGCACAGUAGUAUCUGACAUUCAGAGUAACCGUUUGGGCAGUUUUACAUGGAGAGAGUCAGGAGUCAAGGAAAGAGAGAUUAAGCCCUGAUGUUUUUAUCUGGUCAUAACAAACAUCUUGAUUUUGUGUGCAGCUGGUUAAAGGCACAAAAAUACAGAGUGUUGAUGCAGAGGAGGAGAACUGCUUUUUUUAGUACCUUAGUAAACACUGUUGUUGUGAUCACUACAUGCUGGAUCAGGGCGCUGCUAGCUAGAGGUGUUGGAGCAGAGACUGAAAUGGACUGCUUGUAUCAGAGUGCUGAUAUCGGAGAUUAUAGAUGCAGGCCGAUAUGAUCCGAUAUUUGUUUUUUGGCUGAUAUCAGACGAUAUCAAUAUCGCAUCAGGACAGCGCUACCUGAGAAAUAUAAGAUUAUGACUAUGUGGUUUAAUGGUGACACAGACUAUCAGGGAGCGACAGGUGAAGAGAAGAGCAGGAAGAGGAGGAGGCAGGUGUGUAUCUGUGUGAGCCUGAAAAUCCAAGGGAUGGAGUGAGCAUGAGGAGAGAGAUCCUGAGCUUACAAGAGCGCCGACAAAAGGACGACUGCCGGGCUAGAAAGUGAGAGACAUCGCUCUCAUCCAUCCAUUCUCCAACCGCUAACCACUUCACCACUUUGCCGCUUACAUCACUCUCAAUAGUAAUAAAUUACAGGCCUGAUUCUCCACGAUAUUCAGGUUGUUACUUUUAUAUAUAGAAUAUAAUCAGUAAAAGAGCUGAAAAUAAGACCCACACAGAUCAUCAUAAUGAAACGUUGGAGUCAUGACCGAGCUGCAUGAUAUCUGCUCAGAGAGACAAAUGAAUCAUUCAUCAUGGUCGGCUGUGCAUUGGUAUAUAUUCUUGUUUGUUUCCUAUACAAACCCUCACCUGUACAUGACCACUCUGAAUACUGAUUGACAUGAACACAUAUGAGACAUACUCCAUAUUUCUCUCAGUUUGAUUAUUUAUUCAUCCCUGUCAAUUAACCCUUCCCUUAUAGAAGACUUAGGAGGAGGUUUUCUGGGCUCUUCAACCAGACCCUCAGCCUCUCCUCUGGUAUAUAUUCUGCUCCCCUGUCUCUGAGUGUCUCCAUAAAGAAAUAAUGAGACUGGGACAGUGUCUGCACCGAGAAUCCCUCUGUGAUUGUUGUGCGUGUGGGGAGUGUGGAGAUUUAUAACAGCUUCAGGCUUAAUAAGGAGGAGCUGCUUCGGAUACAUUCAAUCCUCUUCUUCUGUUCGAGCUCCUUCAUGCUGAGCGUAACUGGAUUAAAACUUCUAUUUAUAAUUGAAAAUGAAUGUGCACACUGAUGUUGAACCGCUGCAAAUUUAUUAAAGAAUUCAUGCACGCCAAAAUACAAUUGUGACAAUGGUUGUGCGUCAUGAAUAUGUGAUGUUUAGUGUCGACUUUUCCUCUUUUUGUGCACAUGCAGCUUGUUGCCUAUAAAAGAGAAAAAAAGGAUAAAGUGAAAGGAGAUUCUGGUGCAAUUUUUAUUUUUAUUUCAUUGUCAUAGUUGCAGUUUUAUUCCAUCUAUCAAACAUAAUUUAACGUUUUCAGAGACAGAAACAGCCUGAACACUUUCACUUUAUGUCAGAAUCAAUCUUGGUGAAUAGGCAGAUGAGGAAUAACUCCCCCCUCUUUGUGUUUUUUCUUCCAUUUGUUUCCCUCCAGCCUCGUGUUAGAAAACUGCAGCCUUGAGGCAGAGCGGGUUGGUUUGUUUACUUCACCCUUUCUGCCCUCUGUUCUUUCCAAGUAUUUCUCUAACAACAGCCCAGACUGCGGGCACUAAAACAGGAAGUCAUUGUUCGGCUGGAAGACCUUUUCUUGGAAAGCACUCCUGGAAAGAGCACGAUGCACUUCACGCUUUUAACCAGCCUCCUGCUAUUAAAGCCGCGUUAUUAAACUUAGAAAGAAAGAUGCAAAAAUAAGAGGAGGAAGAUGUUUGUAAUGAAAGUUAUGGAAGGAAUACUUGUUUAUGGAAACUUAUGAAAAGACAGAGAUAUUGAGGAUGAUUUGUGUGUGCAGCUUAGCCGGUGGAGAUGCUGCAGAAGAAAAAGACAUGGCGAGUGCACCAGAAGAACCCGUGUUGGUGGCAUGUACAGUUGGGGUGUUGCGGAAAUCCUCCUCCUGGCACAAUCAAACAAAUAAGUAUCUGUUUGGUUGUUGUUAAAUAUAAAAAUUACUGUUUUUCAUCGAUUUUCAGGUGUUUAGACAGAGUUGAGACAUCUGUGUUGGUUCUCAUCACCAACGACAGAAAACAUGUUUGACUCCUGACUCUGCAACAAUGAAUCAUAACCGCAGCGACGGCUUAUAAGGCUUAUAGGAGCUUUGCAGGCUGCAGAAAUGAGACAGAGUUUUUGCUUUCACAUCCUCAGGGCCUCUUAAUGACUGGAGUUUACAGUUUAUGUGGAGGAAGGAAGGAAGGAGGUGAUUUCUACAUCUUUAGAAACAGCGUCUACAGUUCACUUUGAAGCUCCUGGACUGAACACAGCUGUCAUCAGUACUUUUAAAAUAUUGCAUCAGGAACCAAACUGUGCAGUCUAUGCAGUUUGGUUUGUUUUGCAUCUGUUGGUGGAGAGGAACUGUCAGCAUCUACUCUCACUGACUGAUUUAACUCAUUAUAAUAACUACAGUAUGUUACAGUAAUUUAAACAGACUUAAUUAUUUUUAGGUCACCUUCUUAGUGUCACAUCCCUUCUGAAUACUUUGGUACAGGUAAAAUUUCACUCUGACUGCAUGUGGCUGUUCGCUCUGGUGUUUUUUUUUUUCUUUAACAUUCAUUCACAUAAGAAGAAGACAUUUUCUCUCCAUUUGCAUAAUGCCUCAUUUAAAUUUAUGCAAAUAACACCGACACACAAAAAUAUAAUAUUUGCUUUGCAGUGCAGCUUUUAAAGCAUUUUACUCUCAGCAUAUGUUGAGAGUGAAUUUUACAGUUUCUUGUUUUCUCUUUAAUGGCUCAGGGUUAGAGUGCUCGUGUUUUUAUAGCAUCUCUUCCUUUAGCUUUUGUCAUUUUUAAAAUGUAAGUAGGAUGUUGCACAUUUCUGCACAUCACUGCAGAUAAUUAGUUAAAUCGUGACUAAGAUCUGUUCAGUGGACCUGGAUUAUCCGUCACAUCGCCUGAUUGGUUAAGUUGUUGUUGUUUUCAUCCCUCGUGUUUCUUGUCUUGUGUUUCCUGUUUUAUUUUGAUACUCACCCUCGUCUCUUGUUUCAGGUUCAUUGACUUCCUCCUCCUCCUUGUUUAACCUGCUCCUCUGAUUACCCUCAUGUGUCUCACCUGUGUCUCGUUAACUCCACUGCUCAGGUGGAUUUAAACCCAGCUCUGUGCCAGUUCGUCUUGUCCAUUUAGACAGACUCUUUUUUGAUUAAACAAACUUUAAUUUUGCCUCUUUUGGUUCAGUGUUACACUAUCAGGGGUGUAGAUAUUUUAACACACUUGGAUCUUAAUUGGACAUUUAACUUCUCAUUCACAUCUUUCACCACUUCCUCUUCGUCGUAAACAAACGAUAUUAUAACCUGUCGUCUGUCUACCUGAUCAGCUCAAUAAUCUCUCUAAUAAUCAAUCGAUUAAAUAGUUGCAGCCCAAUUUUGACGGUAUGAUUUCCAAGUCUUCUUCAGUGCAGCUUGAUUUUCAUUUGGCAAAUUAUGCUCCAAUUAGAGGCAAAUAGAUCUGAGAGCAGGGGAAGAAUAAAUUAACAUCAGAGGCGUGAAUAAAGCCGGAGAAGGAUUUGGGUUUAUUAUCUCUGAUUGACUCUUAAGUCCUACUGGGACCUGUCAGUCAGGACUGAAAGUAAUAACGCUUGUCCAUCAAGGUAUAAAAUGAGACGUGAUAACCAAAGUAAUGAAAUCAAGACUCAAAGAGAGAAACUCCUUAUCUGAGGAUCAGAGAAAAACUCCAACCUUCUGUUUUUAAUCUUUCAUUUCCCGGUAGUUAAAGUAUUUCUGUAACCUUUCAGCACGUCCUUCAUACUAACCACAGAGUGUUCCUCUGCUCAUGUACCGUCUAACUGAACACCAUAAUUAUCACCAUUAGGAGCUGUGCAUUGAGUCUGAACAAAGGAUUGUGAUUACAUGAGGACCUCCUAAUGCUAAAGCUUCAACUCUGGAGCAUAUAGGCUCUCCGGAGCGUAUAUUAUGUGCUAUUUUUCUCUCAUGUUUCCAGCUGUACUCAGAUAGGAAUGUGUUCUUAUAACCUAUUUUCAGAAGCUUUUAUGAAGAUUUGAACAUUAUUCCGUGUUUUUUCACUCAAGAGCUCCCGUCAAGAUGUGAAAUUACAGGGUGUUUUGUUUCCUCUCAUUAAAGCGCCGAAGUUUUCAAUGAUUUUUAAGAAAGACUGAAACUUUGUAGUAAACAGGACCCUCAGCAACAAAACUGUCGAUAUUUAAAUCGUGAAUUUUGAUUCCUCUUAAUGGUACGAGGGGGAAGAAACCAGUGAUGGGAAUUAUGGCUCUUUUUAGUGAGUCAGAUCAUUCGGCUCAGCUCACUAAGAAGAAACGGCUCUUUCAGCUCCUAAACGGCUCUUCAUUUUACAACUUAAAGCUUCUUUUUUUGUGGUGUAUUCACAAAAAAGGGUUUAAUAUCGGUCAAUAGCUAUUCCUUAUUGAUGACAUUUGGUAAUAUCACGAUAUCUCUGUGUUUUGUUAUGUCUGUGUAGUCAACAUUUUAAUUUUUUUGAGCGGCCCGCUCUUUUUGACUGUAAACAAAUGAAUUAUCCGCCUCCCCCCAACCUGAUACUUUGUACUGAAGUAUUCACAAGUAAAAAUGUCAUUUUCUAAUAUCGGUAAAUUGCUGAAGCCAAUUGUUUUCAUCGUUUACAGACCCUUGUUACUCUCCGAAACCAAAUGCAUGAACUUGCUUGUAGAACCACUCUGAUAGAAACCCCGUCAAUCCUGUCAAGAAAAAAAACGAAACGGCUCAGAGACGGGAGCUGGGUCCCAUCGCUCUUUGAACCGGUGAGUUAGGGUUUGUUUUUGUAGUUUCCACAUGAAAUAUUCAUAAUAAGUUAUACAUUUGACUAUCAGAAAUCAGCAGGAUGAGAUUUCUUGUCAGCAGAUAACACUUAAGCAUGUCCUGAUUAAGGCUUUGUCCACAGGGGGGCGCCAAAGUUGACACAAACCGAAAGUUGCUCACAGGAGCUUUAAAGACGGAUCUAUCACUUGUCACUUUUACAGCAAUAUAACUGUUAAAAUUAAAAGAUUUAACCUGAAAUAAGAGAUCUGCUGAAAAACCCACUUUUACCUGACUGUGUGUGUGUGUGUACGGUUAACUGUGAGACGUCAGAGCCUGUUGGUUUGUGAUGACGGCAGCUAAAUCAGCCAUGUGUAAUUGGAGAGUCUUGGUGGAAAUAAUGAUCCUUGCUUCGCUAUGCGUGUGUGUGUAAGUGUGUGUAUGUGUGUGUGUGAGGAUGAUGGGUGUGUGGUUUUAUAAUGAGAGCUCAUUGGCUGAUUUGCCUCAAAUUCGACACACACACUCAGAUUUCCCUCUAAAGAGAUUUAAUUAGACAGAAAAUGAGGGAAUCGGGCUGCAGGGUAGAGAAGCAACAAAAGCGGAUGUUGUUCUUCCAGAAACGUAAACCCAGAGGAGAGUCCAGCUGGAGCAGGAGAGUCGGUGUGUAACAGAGAGGUUUAGAUAAACAAGAAAAUGAAUGAAAGUCGAUGUCAUCAUGUUGCAUUGGGAGGCUUUUCGCUGAACUAUAGGCUUUUAGCAGUGAUGUGUGAAAGCUUUCAGAGUGGGUAAUAGUGUUACCUCGAUAAAAGGUUUGAUUUGAAGCUUUUUCAACUAGAUCGACAAACUCAGUUACCGUCCUCUCAGAGAGUUAGAUUAGAUAAAGAAUUAACAAUGGAGAAACACCAACAUUACACCUGCUCUGGGUUUCUGUUUCCACAUAAUGAGGAGGAGGCUCCAGUAUGAGCAGCAGGUGAUGCAGAGAGCCGUCCAGCAUGUUGUCCUUGUCAGUUGAUGAAUGAGUCUGUAUUAAUGAGAGCCACAGACUCAGAUGUCUGACCCUGCUUACACAGACACUGAGCGAGGUAUUAGCACACAAACAGUGACCCACAAUGCACUGCUCUUUGACUCGAACAAACAUUCGAUCUAAUGAUGCAACUUGGCUUUAUCAAACAGGAUGGAGGUUGCUUCUCUGUACGCCAAAUGAUAAAAGGGGAUUUACAAGGGGGAAAAACAUACCAUGAUAUAUAUCGUUACUGUGAUAUGAAAUAACUCAUACCCUGAUAUAAGAUUUUGUUCACUAGAUUGAUUUAAUCAAACAUGUUUGCUUUAAAACUGUGAUUAACGUCCCUGCAGUCACGACUCUUGACCCUCUCCAGUAAUGAGUGUUGACUCAGAGUCUGAAGGUUUUAGCGGGUCUGAACACUGCCGGCCUCUUUGAAGCUUUCAUUGAACUCUCACUAAUUGGAAAAGAAGCUAAUAGUCUGAAGGUUUGCCCAGCUGGUUUCCUUCGAUGGUACUUCAGCUGUUAUUGAGCCGGCGUCCUCUUUGAAGUCAUCGAAGCAGGAUACCAAACAGGAUCACUGUCUUAAAGUCGACCAGCUGCAGGAUAACUCCACAUGGUUUCUGAGUUAUAAUAACCCGAGGCGACGUGGUUUAGAGAUGGACGAGGCAACAAAAGGCUUCAAAAAGCGGAGGAACUCCUGCUUCCAGACUCCAUUAAAAACUAUUAUCACCGAGAAACUGUUUCCUAGAAAUAAAACCAGAGUGAUUGACAUAAAUAAAACAGUUUUAUUGAUCUAAAACUGAUUUUACUGUUCACAGAGUACUUGACUGAACAUUUAUUGAAUGAGUUUGAAGAGCAGGGUACUCGCUGCCUGAUAAAUGGGGACAAUUUCGCACUAAUUCCCCCCUCCUGACAAAUUUGGAUUGAUGGCUCCGGAGACGAUUUUCUACGAGGUUCAAAACAUGUUGAGAGUGAUUUCACUCCCCCCAACGCAGAGCUGGACAGUUAAUGGAAAUGUCAAUUGCAAUCCUGAUUAUGUCUCCCUGUGAUCAUGGAAACAGGAUUAUCAAGCCUGAACAAUUACUGCACCGCCUGCUGGGUUACUCUUGUUUUAUUCUAGAAGGUAAAUGAGGCUCUCUCUCUUUUUUCUUCCUCUGCUGCAGAGUGAAGCUUCACUUCACCACGAGUUCAGAUCGAUGUGCAACCAAGUUUGUCACGCAUCAUAAAUUAUCAUGCAGAGAGGAGAGCAGGGAGAGGAGCGUGCACAAACAUGCAUGAGUAUUACUGAUGCAAACGGCUUUAGUAGGGGUGUCCCGAUACACCUUUUUUACCUCCGAUACGAUACCCAUAUUGUAGCCUUCAGUAUUGUCCGCUACUGAUAUUGAUCCGAUACUGGCACAAAGGAGCCUGGAGCGGAGUCUGGAAUGGACUGCCUGUAUCGGGGUGCCGAUAUAAUCUGAUAUUUGAAUUUUUGCUGAUAUUGGACAGAUAUCCGAUAUCAACAUUGUAUCAGGAUACCCCAAGCUGCCUCGCUCAGCAGCAAGUGACGUCAGUCCUUGUGUUAAAUUUCAGCCUGACGCCAGGAUUCCACCGCAUGCAGAUCUGCUACGCUCCGGAACGACGGGCGGAUCAAAAACUCAAGCAUCAGAUCCGAUCUGCUGCGGCAGAGGAGAAGCACUUGCGAUAUUACUGAUAUUUCUCACGAGACUGGACGAGAUCUCACGUGUUUCACUGUGAAACAUUGAUUGAGAUCGGCGGUUUAUAUAAACACUCACAUGGCCCCUCCCAUCAUCACGUGAAGAGCAGUUCGAUGUAUUGACUUUAUUUUAUUGUGGAAAUUAACCAAAUAUUUUAACCACAUACAACUUCCGCUGCUGCUCGUGCUGCUGCAUCCGGCAAAAAUAGAAGCCUUGCGUAUCUGAUCUGACCACCAGAGCGGAGCCGGAUGGCGGACGGAUUGUGUGGAAUCACGGACACUGGUUAAAAUGCUUGCGUAUUUGAUCAGGCUGCCGUUCCGGAUCCUGUGGGAUUUAGCCGUUACUUAGACGUAUAGAUGAAGGUGAAACCUGAAAAGGUUGUACGCCAUGUUGGAUCUGCAGCCUGUGAACACAUAUGUCCUAUAACCUUUUUUAAUAUCACUGUGUUUGAUGGUCUCUUUGAGAGUCAUUAUAUAUAAUUUCUUUUAAUUAAUAAUAUCCGGUUAGACAAACAUGCUUUGGUAAACAACAUUGCAAAGUCAAAAGUGAAAAUGUGUUCAGAAAUGAGUCAACAUGAGUAUUUAUCUUGUUUUUCUAGUCAAACAUACUGUACCACAAUCAAACCUUUAAAGACACAAAGUGAACAGAAAUUUCUUUCAAAGUAGAUAAACAAGAUAUUCAGAAACAGAACUGUUCAAUCGAAUCAUUAUUUUUCAUCAAGUGUGAUUUUCUAUAAGCGUGGCCAUGACUUAUUUUUAUUUCUUUUAUUAAACUGAACUUUUCCACUGAAGCUGAAGUAAAUCACCCUGAACAGGAUCCUAUAAGUCAUUAUUGCAGCAGCUGAUUGAUUUUCUGUCUGGCCUUUGUCAGAGUCGACAGUGUUUUAUUUACCUGUCCUUAAACGCCUCUGUCUCCCUCCUUCCUACCGUGUCAUUUUCACUGUUUACUCCGUGAACCAUCUUUGAUUAGUUUUCUGAUUUGGUCCUAAUUUUUUUAUUUUUCACUCGCUGCAGGUAAACUGAUACCAAAUUAACCUGACUUCUUUUCAUCACUGUGAUUGACCUGUUUCCAUAGCAACACUUCAUUUUCCAGGAAUAACAGACUGUUACUAAGGAGAAUCGACCAAUUAGACUCUAGUAUUUAAAUUUAUGACUCAAAGAGACAUUACAUCUGUAUAUACGCUUAGAUUAAACUGGGACAUUUUCUUCUUCUGUGGUAUUUUUGCUCACACAGGCCCUUCUUUUUACUUCUACUUUUACCAGCGAAUCCAAACAUCCUUUCUGGGGCUUUUACCAGGUAACCGACAAAUGAGAGAGGUCUAAAAGCGGACAUCUGUUGGAGGCAAACAUCAGCCUGAAUGGUUUGGUUACACCUCAUUUAUGUUCCCAGCAAAAAACCCAGUCCUGCUGGAUGGUGUGCUCGCUCAUAUUUCACGUGUACAAAUACUUGGACUGUUUUUGCCACAAUCUGGGGUCUGAAAUUAGCUGCUCAUCAAAGUGUUUCUCUUCCGGUAACAGGAUUACCAAGUUAAAGAUACAUUAAGGGUUUUAUUUUAGAUCUCCUGACCAUGUUUGGGAUGUCUCUCACUUGUGUCCCUGCUGUGAGUUUCUCUGAUCCGUCUAUUUUAGAUGAAACUCAACAGUCUGGCUCAGUUUCACCCCCGACAGCGCUCACCUGGUCUUUUGUUUUUGUCAUAAAGGAAGCUCAGACCCUGCUGAGUCUGCCUUAUUUAUUUAUUUAGCUUUACUUUUUCAACCCUGUCCCUCUCUGACUCUCUGCUCCAUGUUUUUAUCUCCACUCCUAUAAUUCGAUCCCAAGGCAGCUUAGUUAUUAUGCAAGCGGCGUACGCUGAGUCUCAUAAUCAGCGCUGAUCACACAUCUCUUUCAUCUGUUUGGGAACGGGACAGAAACUCUCGUUGAAAGUGCUGGAAUGAAACUAAAUUAUGUUAAUGAAAUAAAAACUCCGCUCAGGUUUAACAGUCCAGGAAACAGACGAGAAACUAAACAGACCAGAGGAGCUUUAUUUAGAGCGCAGGAGGGACAAUGACAAUCAGGCAGAGAACAGGUGGAAACACCAGGGAGGGUGUACACAGAGACACAGGUGUGUGAGGAUGGAGGGAUGGAGGCAAGAAACAAAAGAAGAAGAAGAAGAAGAAGAAGAAGAAGAGAAGGAGACUCCAGAAAAGACUAAAAACAAAAAACAAAAACAGGACGGGCAGAGAAUACCAAACAGACUUGGUGCAAAGACGUUCAAUAGCUAUGAAAGAGGAUUAGGGCAAUAUGACGAUAAAACAAAUAAUUACAGGAAAGAGAUUAAAGUCGAAAUUUCUAGAUUUAAAUAAUCGAAAAUAAUGCCAGUAAAGACGAAAUUUCAAGAUUAAAGUAGAAAAUUUCUAAAUUAAAAAUUAAAAAUUUAAGAUUACCAAGUGUCUUGAAUAAUGAUGAAAUAUCCAUACUAGAAAAAUCAAAACUUUGAAAUUCAAGUCGACAUGAACGAAGUUGAAACUUCGACUUUUCUAAAUUUCGACUUUAAUCUUGAUAUGGAAAUUAAAAAUGAUCUCCCUCCUGUAAUUAUUUUAUUCUCCUCUUGUUGCCCUAAUCGUCUUUCGUAAACAGCUGCUUUGUUGUCCCUGCUGUAAAACCACAGCGUGUCUGCCAUGUUGGUGAGGGCAGGGCAGCCAUGUUAACAAAUACAAGUGGAUGUGGAAACUUUCUUUUUUUCCAUGUUAAAAAGCACUUAAGUUUACUUUAACUAAUUUUAAUGAAUUCAUUUAUAUGGCAUGAUUUUAUUAUUUAAUUUAGUAGUAGAAUAAAAGAUAUUUACUCCUUUUUUCAGGCAGUUUUACGGUAAAUAAUAACAUUUAAAAACAUUUAUACACUGAACAAAAAUAUAAACACAACACAUUAUGAUUUUGCUUCCAUUUGUCAUGAGCUGAACUCAAAGAUCAGAAACUUUAAACCUAUUUUCUUUCAAAUAUUGUUGACACAUUUUUCUGAAUCUGUGUUCAUGAACACUUCUUCAUCCAGGUGUGUCUUAGACCGGCCUCAACACGACAUCGAUUGGUGGGACGCUCAGUCAGUGUGGCGUUGACUUAUUUAAUGUCCAUGGAUUAAGUUGAACUUUUAUAAAGUCCAAUCACACACUCGUCUUCUUAAAGGAUGACUGAAUUUAAUCCACGAUGUGAAAUCCUUCACACACACUGAGGAUCUGCAGGGAAAUGAGUCCAAACCAAGAGUCAGCGUUUCAUCUCCUGAUGAUCAGCAUGAUUCGCGGCGCCGCGGCCACCUGCUCCACAGGUGGUCACUGGCGGCAGAGAGAUGAAAAAUAGAUUUGUUCACAGUUUGAUCUUUAUAACUCCUCGUUUUGGCGUUGUUCCCCUCCUGUUGCUCUGCAGAAAAGGUUAUUCUGUCGGACUCACUGUGGGGGUGAGAGAAAGCACAGCGCUGUUCUUCGGAUAUGAUCUGCUGACAUUUACAGAUUUAAUGAGAUUUUAGGGGGAAAGUCAGACAGAAAAAACAGACAUGUUUAAAAAAAUAAUGGCAUUUGGGUUCAGUCUGUGACCCCCUCAGACCCUGCGUCAGAAAUACCAACGAAAGCCUCAGUUUUGAGUUUGAAAAGAGACCGAAUUAUUACUUAUUCUAACCUUUGACCUCCUCUCCCUGUUCUAGCUCAAGCAACCAGCGACCCCGAUCAGAGCCUGCUCAGCAGAGGGUCCAGUGGGAUCAACAUGGGGGGCCUGAAGUCCGUCCUUGAAGACGCCGUGUCGCCAGCUUUCGGCGCCACCAUCAUCAUUAUCAUCACGGUCAUCGUGUCGGGCAGCGCCUACCUCUGCUUCCUCAAGUACGUCUGCGCCGGCUGCUGCAAACCCAUGCAGGUGGCGCCCACCGUAGACGUGGAUCCCAACAAGGUGGAGGAGCAGGUGUAG